AUGGUUAAUAUUCCCAAGUGUUUAUAUAGUCUCCAGCAGCAGCACCGGGCUCUUCAGCACUGGGCCAGCUCCAGCACCAUGCCUGGCUUCUUGCAGAUUACCCUGGCCUGCAGGAAAUACCUGAUCACGGUGCUUGUUCCCCUCUUGUUUCUUCCUCUGCCUCUGGCUGUUCCUACUAAGGAGGCCCAAUGUGGUUAUGUUAUCAUAGUGAUGGCACUGUUUUGGUGCACGGAAGCGUUGCCCUUGGCUGUCACAGCUCUCCUCCCUGUCCUGCUCUUCCCGCUAAUGAAUAUCAUGGAUUCGACAACGGUGUGCCAAGAGUACCUGAAGGACACCAAUAUGCUUUUCAUUGGGGGACUGCUGAUGGCCAUUGCUAUUGAGAGCUGGCACCUACACAAGCGUGUUGCUUUGCGGGUCCUGCUUAUCACUGGUGUCAGACCAGCCUUGCUUCUCAUGGGUUUCAUGAUCGUGACUGCCUUCCUGUCCAUGUGGAUCAGCAAUACUGCUACCACUGCCAUGAUGGUUCCAAUAGCGCAAGCAGUGCUGGAUCAGUUGCAUCAGACAGAAAUAGACUCUAAGUCAGCUGGCGAAACAGCUGAAAACAUCAAUAAAGCCUUUGAACUGCAGGAAGAGUCAACUAAACCAGGUAGCUCCAAAGAAACAGAGGGAAAAGGUAAUAGUAAUGUCCUGACAGUUGAGGAAAACAGAAAGAGAAAUGAAAGCCUGCUCGAGGAGGAACACAAGAAAUUCAGCAAGGGAAUGUCUCUCUGUAUUUGUUACUCCGCCAGUAUUGGAGGGAUUGCAACUCUGACUGGGACAACACCAAACCUGAUACUGCAAGGACAAGUUGAUGAGCUCUUUCCCAGCAAUGGCAAUGUCAUCAACUUUGCCUCUUGGUUCUCCUUUGCCUUCCCCACCAUGAUCUUGUUACUGGCUUUGGCUUGGAUUUGGCUGCAGACACUGUACUUGGGCUUUAAUUUUCACAAGAACUUUGGUUGUGCUACAAACGCCUCUGCAAAGGCAAAGGAGCAACAGGCCUAUGACGUUAUCAAGGAGGAGAGCAAGAAAUUGGGCUCAAUGAGCUUUGCAGAAAUUGCAGUUUCGAUCCUCUUUGUACUACUGGUAGUGCUCUGGUUUACAAGAGACCCUGGCUUCAUACCAGGCUGGGCAACAGUUCUGUUCAACAAAAAUGAUACGAGCUAUGUCACUGAUGCUACAGUUGCCAUCUUCAUCUCAAUUCUGUUGUUCAUCAUCCCUUCUGGCAUGUCAGUCAGACACAAAGACCAAACAGGCAGCAAGCCAAGGAUCCAAGCACCCCCAGCUCUCCUGGACUGGAAAGUGGUUCACCAGAAACUGCCAUGGAACAUUGUGCUUCUGCUGGGAGGUGGCUUUGCCUUAGCCAAAGGCAGUGAGGAGUCUGGUCUGUCCUCAUGGCUAGGAAGCAAACUCACUCCUCUGCAGCAAAUCCCUCAUCCAGCUAUUGGUCUCCUGUUGUGUCUCCUUAUUGCCACUUUCACUGAGUGUGCCAGCAAUGUGGCCACCACCACCCUCUUCCUCCCUAUUCUGGCUUCACUGGCUGAAGCGAUCUGCCUCAAUCCACUCUAUGUCAUGCUGCCCUGUACACUUUCUGCAUCGUUGGCAUUCAUGCUCCCAGUGGCCACUCCUCCUAAUGCCAUUGUCUUCUCAUGCGGACAACUCAAAGUCAUAGAUAUGGCCAAAGCUGGAUUUGUACUCAACAUUCUGGGAGUUCUGACGAUAAAUCUAGCCAUCAACACCUGGGCUUCAUCUUUGUUCCAACUGCAAACUUUCCCAUCUUGGGCAAAUAGGACAGGAUUGUUUGAUAUUCCUGGGCAGACAUGGGGAGAAGCAAAGAGGGUUAUACAUGAAAAGAAUAAAUUGAUUAAUUCAAGUUUCUUCGUUCAUGAGAAUGACAGGAAAACAUGGCUCAUGUUUGUCAAGAUAGUAGCCACACGACUAAGAACAAAGUAG